GACAGAGCGGAUUUGGCGUGCGCACUGGCGGCCAGUCAGCGAGACUCAGGGGGGCGGGGCCAAACCAAGUCCCGGUAUAUAUACCGUAGGAGGGCAGAGAAAUCCCGCAUUUGUUGAUUGUGCGGCAUGAACGUGUGCGCUGUGUCAUGGCGGCCUAGUGGGAGAGAUAACACGUGACAGUGCUUCGCCUUACAACCAAAACAUGAAAGUGAUUAGUGUAACAGUGGUGGGGGCGCUGCUGCUACUGCUCCUGGGCCUCCUACACCAGGCCUCGGCCAGAGCCACCACAGGAGUCAACCCUCAUCAUGUUCUUAACAACAAACACCAUCAUAGUCGGAGCUCGAGCAGUAGUAGCGUCCUACCCGAGGUGCGGGACAAAUACAGCCUCCUUGGCGGCGUCCGAGACGUGCUCACCCGCUACCCUCACGAUCCUCUUGAUGGUGUGGAAGACGAGGAGGACAACGCCGAGGAGCACCUGACGGAGGACAGUCAGGAGGAGGACGAUGAUGAGGAUGAGGAUGAAGACGAGGAUGAUCAGGAUUUCGAGCUGUCAGCCGAAGAUCUGGACAGGAUCAAACAGAAGAUCCUAGUCGGCCUCGGCCUCACCACCAUCCCUAAGAGGUCUAAGGCCAACGUCACCAAGGAGGAGUUCGACCUAGCCUACAGUGAGUACAGGCGACUAGUACAGGAGGAGGAGGCCAGGAGCGCUGACUCCUACUCCAGAGAUUACGACGACGAUGAUGAAGACGAUGAAGACGAGGAGGAUGGUGACGAGGAAGAUAGUGGCCCAACAAUGUCUAAUUAUCGCUUCUACAGUACGGGCGUCUCUCAUCACUCACGGAGAGGCCGGCGGAGCACGGGGGUGGAGGGACAGGUGGUACACUUCCACGUCGCGGUGCCAAUACGACGAGUCUACCACCACGACAACGACGUGAAGAAGGCAACGUGUCGCUUGUGGAAGACCGGCGGGCCGGCACCACAGGACCCGGCCCACAACACCGUCACCGUCACCCUCUACCAGAUAAACAACCUCAGCCGUCGCCGUCGCCGCCGUAAGCAGGACGUAGUCUUGAUGCAGGCACUCAACGUGUCGGUGACGGGCGAUGAAUGGCUCACUGUCAACGUGACGGAGGCGGUGCGGGAGUGGCUGAAGACGCCACGGGACGAUGCGGGUGUCUUGGUGCAGUGCCCUGACUGCGGUGCCGCGGGCGUCACCAUCCACACGGGCGUUAACACCUCUAACACCACCUACGUGCCCACGCUGGACGUACAGACGCAGGUGCCGGCGGGGCGGAGGGUGAAACGCUCCCCGGAAUUGACGCGCGCCACUAAAGCCAAGUGGCGGCGACACGGCGACUGUCGUGACAUGAGUCCCAACGGCCGCCGUCGCCGCUCCCGCUGCUGCCGACGCUCCAUGAAGGUCCGCUUCAAAGACCUCCCUGACUUUGAUUUCGUCGAAUCUCCCGACAAUUUUGAUGCUUUCUACUGCAGUGGAAAGUGCCCCCCUCGCUUUAACCCGGCCAACGAGCAUGCGCUUCUCCAAUCACUUCUAAAAUUGAAACACAAGAAGAGAAUCCCGAGGCCAUGCUGCGCCCCUACAGCACUCAAGGGGCUCCACAUCCUCCACCUCAACGACCAGGGUACGCUCACCACCACCUACUGGGACGACAUGAUCGUCACCGAGUGUGGCUGCGCCUGAGUCGCUCGCCGCGCUCCGUCUUAGUCCAGUAGCAGCAGAGGUCGGGCUGAGUCCCGCUUCAGGGGGUACCCGCAGCAGCAGCAGUAGGGUGGUCCUCACUAGUCACUCCCACUACGCUUCCUGAACCGGCAGGGCGGCGCCGCCCGGGAGAGCUCAGUGCUCCCCACCGCUGCCGGCGGCGUCUAGGUGCCCGGCUGCCUCGCCGUGUGACCCACAAUGUGCUCCAUGUUCUGGUGUUCAUGCGUACACUCCGGUGUCCCGCACCUGUGUUCUGUGUACGUGACUUUGUUCCUCCAUGCAUCAUGGUGUUCCUUAGUUGACUGGCAACUAGCAGAAGGACCUUUACAUUCCGCUCUGUCAGGCGGCAAUGUGUUGAUGUGCACACGUUUUGUACUGCCCCUUAAACCCCAGCGCCAUCCCACCCCAACGCCAACUCAGAGAUCUCCCUCCCACUAAUAACAAACCACCUACCCCUGACAACCAAACACCUUCCCCUUGACAAGCAAACACCUCCCCCCUGACAACCAUCACCUCCCCCUAACAACCAACACCUCCCCUGACAACCAAACACC